AUGCGAGCGACUAGUUCAGCCCAGGGCUCUCGGGGCUCCUCCUUGGCUGAGAUCAUGAUCAAUUCAGUUGACUCCUACGACAUUCGUCUGGCAACUCCUACUUCCUGCGAUAAGUACCCAGCUAAGCAUCACGCGCGCAAUGUUGCCCGAAAGCUUAAGGCUUCGAGUGGCUUGAUCUUCCUUUCUGGGCAGCCAACUAUCAACCUUCGUGACUCGGACCAGUCGCGCCCCUUCCGGCAACGACGAUACUUUUAUUAUUUGAGCGGAGUUGACGAACCCGAUUGUUCGCUAACGUACGAUAUUGAACAAGACCUGUUGACCCUUUAUGUCCCCGACUUUGAUCUUCACCGGGCUAUCUGGAUGGGACCGACCCUCUCAAGAGAGGAUGCAUUGGAUCAAUAUGAUGUGGAUCGAGUACUCUAUCAAUCGGCCGUGAAGGAAGGAAUUCAGACAUGGCUUGAUGAGCGCAAGCAGGGCAGUGAAUUGUAUCUUGUUCAUCAAUCGGAGAAGCCCGAUCACCUUCCUGCUGAUGCGCCUCUCGAAUUGGUGAAGCUCAUGCCUGCGAUGGAUGCAGCCAGAGGUAUUAAGGAUGAAUAUGAAAUCCGAAUGAUUCGCCAGGCGAACAAGGUCUCGGAUCUUGCACACCGCGAGAUUCUUGAACGCAUCCAGAGCUUUACAAACGAGUCAGAGAUUGAAGGGUCAUUCCUAGACACCUGCGUUUCUAAUGGCGCUCGCAAUCAGGCAUACCAGAUCAUCGCCGCAUCAGGGCCUAACGCAGCAGUCCUCCACUAUGACCGGAAUAAUGAAUCUCUCCAUAAGAAGCCUCUUGUCUGUCUUGAUGCUGGUGCGGAGUGGAAUUGCUAUGCAAGUGAUGUGACACGGACUUUCCCCCUGUCUGGGGAAUGGCCGAGCCACUAUGCUCGUGAUAUUUAUGAACUCGUAGAGCGUAUGCAGGAGGAGUGUAUCCAGGGGAUGCGCAAGGGAGUCCGCUAUCUGUCUCUACACACUCUAGCCCAUGACAUUGCUAUUGAGGGACUCCAAGCGCUUGGUGUGCUCAAGAACGGCGCAGUUUCUGAGAUCCGCCAGUCUGGGGCUUCCAAGGUCUUCCUACCCCAUGGACUCGGACAUCAUGUUGGCUUGGAAGUGCAUGAUGUCUCCGAGAAAUCAAUCAUGGCCUUUGGUCAGAGCCGACCACACUGGGCCACUACCUGCCUUUCGCCUUGCACUGCGUCUGCGCCGGUUCUAGAAGAAGGCAUGGUUGUCACCGUUGAACCAGGAUUGUACUUUUCGCCUUUGGCUCUUGCCGAUGCGCGCAAACAGCCCUUUGCCCGGUUUAUUGAUUUCGAUGUUGCAGACAAAUAUGUACACAUUGGUGGAGUGCGUAUUGAGGAUGAUAUCCUGGUGACGGCCACUGGCUAUGAGAACCUGACUACAGCACCCAAGGGGGACGAAAUGCUUGCCAUUAUUCGAGGAUCUGCAUAA